CUAAAUGACGAACAAAACACAAAGCUGCGAGAACGCAAACUCAUAAGUUCGUCCAAAAGAAUUUGCUUGAUGAAAUAUACGGUCAUAAUCUUGCUCAUCGGCUUUGUAUUGCUGUUGAUUUUGAGUAAUGUAGAUUUCGCAGAUGAGUCAUAUGAAUGGACAACUGCUGUCAGUACAAUUCAAAGCGAGGAGGUUUCAGUUAGUACUCCAAAUGCAGCAGCAUCAACAACAAUAACAUCAACGACAAUCACAACAACUGCAAUUGAUAAUUCAACCACCAUGAAAAUCAUCAAUGAUUCAAGUACUGCGGGAGUGAACAUCUCAGAACGAGCUGUGAAUGCAGUAAGUGCAUACACUGGCUUCACUUGUACAGAUAACAGAACAUGCAAAUCUAUAAUUUGUUCAGGCGGUCCGAUCUAUACUCUCAUUUAUGAACUGGAAUACUUCAUUGAUUAUUGCGGCAACAAGAACUUCGAUGUCAUUUUGGAGAAUUGCACCUUCAACGAUGCAGCCAUAGGCAAAUACACGAUGUCCGGCAGCUAUAAACUGAACAGUUUAACAAUUCGUAAUUGCACUCUUGAAGCCAUAGUGAAUAGCGCAUUCAACUAUGUAACUAUGCAAAACUUAGUCAAUUUGACACUUCAUGGCACUCAACUGCAAACAUUGAAUGCUAAAUCCUUUGAGGGCUUGGGAACAGUCAAUCAUUUCGAAUUACUCAACGUACAGCAUAAUGAAACAACGCCGCUGAAGGUCGAAAAUUUCCUACAGCCAAUGGCUGGAAACCUAAGUAGUCUUGUGCUGCAGCAGUCACAGGUUGCCUGCGGUAGUCACAUCAUUUACGAUCCUGCUCAGUGGCUGGAUAGCAGCACAGCGUUUGUAAAUUUAUUAAUUGUCAACCUAAGUGGAACGGAAUUCAAUCGAACGCUCAACGGUAGCACAUUCUCCAAUUUGUUAGCAGUCGAGCAACUUUCAUUGGCCCAAUGUAGUCUACACACAAUCGGCGAAGGCACUUUCGAUUGUAUUCUGAAGACGCUGCGAUCGCUCGAUUUGCGCGAUAAUCUAUUACAAACAUUAGACGGCGAUUUUUUGGUUGCUGCAGCAACUGCUGGCAUCAGCAUCCAGUUGGGGGAAAAUAAGUGGCGAUGCGAAUGCGAUAAUCAGGCACUCAUCGAAUAUGUCGCACAAGCGCAAGAAGCGAACAGUGAAUUGACGAAAUGUUCGUCGCCAAAUGAAUUGGCUGGAAAACCAAUUCUUCAUUUACAACUGGAUUGUAAUGCAACGACUAUUAAAACAACAACGGCGUCUUCAACAAAAGAUGCUACAACAACAGUGUCUUCAACAAAAGACGCUACAACAACAGUGUCUUCAACAAAAGAUGCUACAGCAACAUCACCUACCGCGACAACCUCGCACAAUUCAACAGAAUCAACUGAAACGACGGAUACAACCAUUCGGGAGAAAACCACUAAAACCACUCUUCCCACAACAGCCACCUACACAACCACCCGGAAGCAGUCGGACACGGAUACAACAACCACACGAUUACAAACUACUACAAUUGGACCCGGUUUUCAGGUGUGCCCCAGCAGUGCUCUUCCAAAGUUCAUAUAUUGUGAAAUUGAAGGACUCGUUGUUCUCUGUGACUACGAUGCCUAUUUUGAUGUGGAAGCGAUCUCCUCAACUAGUGUACAACUAGAAUUUGACGUUGAAGCUUAUGGUUUGCGAGUUAUAUAUUUUCAAGCAAUGAUAUAUAAUGAUACGUAUUCUGUUCUCAUCGAAACCAAUAACUCUCUGGUUAUUAAUUACCUAACAUCAAAUGAAAUGUAUGUCUUUUGUAUAAUGAAAACUUCUAGUUUGACGACCUCGCCAUUUAAUUGCGGUUCUGUGUACUUACCGUUAGUGAAAGCUGUGCCUUGGCUUAUGAAUGAGGAUAAAGCGCUUUUCUAUACCCUAUCAACAAUUAUAACUAUUAUCUGUUGCCUUUUGGGCAUAGCUGUAUGCUAUUGGAUACUUCGUUGCCGUCCAACAUUAAUACGUGGCAACAAACGUAUACGGCGAGUUGCAUCCACAUCGUACAAAGUAAUGCUUUUUGCCAAACCAUUCGAUCGUUUGUCAUUUGAUUCGACACAGUUGGCGCUGCAUGAACUCUCUAAAAUGCGCUCAUCCAUUAGUGAUACACUCACCGCAGAGAACUAUUUGAGUGUCGACUCCCGUGAUUAUAUGCAAUAUUUAAAAGGCUUAGAGCUGAAUCGAGAAGCAAAAGUGAUAUAUAUAUCGGAUAAUCGACCGCCAUUUAAUCGGGCGCCUACAUUGCCACCACCACAAGCCGAUAGAAAGUGUUGUAGUGAGCGUAGGCGCGAUUGUAACAGUGAAGCGUUAAGCCACCAGAGUUCACAAUGUUCCACAGUGCUAAUGAAAGGUGACCCGCAGCCAAGCGCACGUUUUCUAGUUUGGGAACAAAACGCUACUUUAGGUUCUUCUGAGAACGUAUACGAAAGCUUGGAUUACUACCAGGAGCUGCACUAG